UUCUCGACGGCCUCGAGCUCGAAUCAGCCAAUCAGAAGUGAUUACCGGAGCUCCAGGUUGCACCAAAGUAAUGCCAGCUGCUGCUCGUGCAUUGAACUUUUUGAAGGCGACCUGGAAAGACAUGGGGAGGUUGAAUUUUUAUGUCCUUUGGUCCCUGCGUGACGCCCCCCGCCAGUUCAUCAGGAAAUCCAACAGAAGUUGCUUUCAAGUGCACAUCCCACUGCCUCUUCCCAAACACCUGGUCAUCUUUGGUCUCGGAGAAUGGAAAUGCAGCGAGACUACAAUCUCAGUAGAUGUCCUGGUCAGUGCAGAAGUACCGGCACAGAAAAUAGGGACUCUCUCGGCUCAAGCAAGGUGCUUGACCUGGGAGGGUGACUGGAGCGCUGACAUUGUCACGGUGGCAGCGGAGAGAGGCAGGAGAGGAGUUUAUGGCAAGAUUAUUCUCACCAUGUGUGGAGAGACUUGUGACCAGCCGCUAGAUGAAGCCAGUGUCUUCAGCAGCACACCUCUGGUUCAAAGGAAAUGUCUGUUCCAAGAACAGCAGGAUGCCACUGAUCUGUCUAGCACGAUACUCCAAAGCGCUGGGAAUGAAACGAUAACCCUCAACUCCUCACACUUGGCCGACAGUGUUUGCUAUGCUGACGUUCAAGUGAAUACAAUUGACACCAGCGAUUCCACUGUGAGAAGUAAACCCCCAGUUUGGCCGACGGAUAAGACACCCAGACGGACUGUUAUUAGUAAGAGAGGCCGCCUGACAUGGAGCACUGAGGACAUGGACAGUCUCACACAGGACACAGACCAGGCUUCCACCGCCAAGAAAAUGAGGCUGUCCAGAAUGAACAGCAAAGAGGAGCUGACUGUGCAGAUAAAGAAUGAGAACAGAGUUUCAGUGUCUCCAUCAAAGCGCUGGAGCCAUACGAUGUGUCUGAGUGACCCUGACACCGCCAUCCUCAUUGGAGGGGAGAGUGCGGAUCAAAACUACUGCGAGGACUCUCUGUGGAAGCUCGAGUUGGACAAUGACUUCUGGUUCCCCAUGACCUCCUCUGUCUCUGGACCCGUACCACCGUGUGCCCGAGGACACUCUGCGACCUAUGACCCGAACUCUAAGGCGGUCUUUGUGUACGGCGGCCUGAGGGAGGGUCAGCGCUACAGCGAGCUGUACAUCCUAAAUACCCUGACCUGGAAGUGGAAGCUUGUUACUGCGAAAGGGAAUGUCCCACAUUUGGCAUAUCAUUCUGCUGCCUUUUAUAAGAAAGAGCUCUUUGUCUUCGGUGGAGUUCAGCCAAGUCAUUCCGUGUUGGAUAAAUCCUGCAGCAAUGCUCUGUACAUCUUUAACCCAGAGUUUGAGCUCUGGUACCAGCCCAUUGUGGAGGGGGACAGACCUCUGCCUCGGUUUGGACACUCAGCCACACUGAUGUCACAGAAGUUGAUAAUAUUUGGUGGACGCAAGACAGCUACCUACCUUAAUGACCUCCAUGUUCUGGAUCUGGGAUUCAUGGAAUACACAGCUGUGAAGUGUGGCAACAUGCCACCCCUGCCUCGAGGGUUUCAUGCAGCUCUACCAGUUUCAAACAACCGGAUUUUAGUCAGUGGAGGUUGCAGUGCAAUUGGAGCCCUGCAGGAUGUACAUAUUUUCAACACUGACACAAACAUGUGGAGCCCAGUGGUGUCUCCUGUGCUUUGCUCAAAGCCUCGUGCCGGACACAGCAUGAUAAACUCGGGCUGCUCCAUCCUGACGGAUGCAGAGAAGCAUGAACGGGGUGACGAUGUCAGUGUCCUCUGCACGUUGCUGGUGUUUGGUGGAUCAGACUGCUCCGGUACCUUCUACAACGACACGGUCAAGUGCACAGUGGAGAUUCCUGGUGACAAGUGAUUGGGGGGGGGGGGAAUUCAUUCAGGACAAUUGUUUUUACCAUUUAUUUUUUAAUGGUGGAGUCUGUGAUCUGCCUGACAAAUAACUGUAAAAGUCUUGUUUUGUUUUUAAUGUUUUAUAAUUGUUGCAUGAUGUAAUCUGCAUCUUAGACAUUUAUGGUUGUCGUCUUUUAUUCCUCGUAUGAGUCUUUUAAAUAAUCAUACUUCCUCCACACUGGUAAUGGUGAGCUCAGAGGUUUUGCACUUUGCAUAACAAAUCUCUGAUCUGCAUGUUGUACGCAUUACUAUAUGUCCCCUUCCUUUGUCCCCACAUGUCGGUAUGUAUUUGAGGGUAAAGUAAAAAUGUAUGUCAAAAAGCCAAUAAAUAUUUUUAAAUGAA